AUGUACUGUUGCAUUUUUUUUAAUCUUUUUUCUAUUAUUUCAAAUCCAUUCUGUAAAAUUUCAUCUUUUCUUCUUUCUCUCUUUCCUUUCUUUCUUUCUCUCUUUCCUUUCUUUCUUUCUCUCUUUCCUUUCUUUCUUUCUUUCUUUCUUUCUUGCAAUCAAUUCUUUCGAAUGUAUUGUUUUUUUGCUUGUUUAUUUUUUUUAUUUCUAUUCGAUAUUUGCAUUUUUUUACUAUUCUGUAUAAUCUCCUCUUUUUUUCUUUUUCUUUCUGUCUUUCUUUCUUUCUUUCUUUUCAAUCUGUUCUUUCCAGUGUAUUUUCAUUUCAACUCUGAUAUAUUUUUUCAAAUUUAUGUUUUCUUUCUUUCUUUCUUUUCUUUCUUUCUUUCUUUCUUUUUCUUUCGUUCGUUCGUUCUUUCUUUCUUUUCAAUCUGUUCUUUCCAGUAUCUAAUCAAUACUUCUAUCUAUCUAUCUAUCUAUCUAUCUAUCUAUCUAUCUAUCUAUUUCAAUUUCUUUCCAUCUCAGCCGUUUCUUUAUCUAUCUAUCUAUCUAUCUAUCUAUCUAUCUAUCUAUCUAUCUAUUUCAUUCGGUUUCUUUCUUUCCAUCCCAGCCAUUUCUUCUUCUAUCUAUCUAUCUAUCUAUCUAUCUAUCUAUCUAUCUAUCUAUCUAUCUAUCUGUGUUUAUAUUAGUAUAUCUCUCUCUGAUCCUAUCUAUCUAUCUAUCUAUCUAUCUAUCUAUCUAAUAUAUUAUUUCCUCUGCAUUCUUUUUUCUUGUUCAGUUGUCCAUAUUUCUUUGUUUGGGGGAUUGCUUAUUUCUUUCUUUGCAAUCUAUUAG